AUGCUCUCUGGGGGGGGGGCGAGAUGGACCAAGUGGUUAGAGCACGAAUUUACUGACAGGAAGGUCCGUGGUCCAAACCCGACCUCUACCACUCGACUUCCCCUGUCUAGGCUUGGGCGACCUGGCAUUAUUCCAGCCCUCGUGCCUCCUUCGUGUGCCAUGGCAGCUAGGCACCGAAAGAGUGCUACAGCUGGACGAUGCUCUACUACCAGUAUGGAUGUCCUACAUGCGAGACAGCCUCUCUACUAUGAACACCACCUCACAAUUGUCCAAGGCUCUCACCGGCAACGAUUUAAACGCCGGAGUUUCGAAGACACUAGUUUGUUGAAGAUGAAGUUGAACAAGAAUGGAGAGAGUGGACUGCCUUGUCGGACACUACUUUUUCUAAGUAGACGGGUUUACAUGGGGGCGAGAUGGCCCAAUUGGUUAGAGCGCGAAUUCACUGACCGGAAAGUUCGUGGUUCGAAUCCCACCUCUGCCACUCGACUUCCCCUGUCUAGGCCUGGGCGAUCUGGCAGUAUCCCAGCCCUCGUGCUUCCUCCGGGUGGCAUGGCAGCUAGGCACCGGAUGUUACAGCUGAACGAUUAUUAUUAUUAUUAUUAUUAUUUACAUGGUUUGAGAGGUCCGAAGGUGUUUGGGAUUAAAUGGGAAGUUAACUGCCUCCUAUGCUUUCAACGAGGGGCAAAGUGGUCCAAAUGGUUAGAGCGCGAGUUUACUGACCGGAAGGUCCGUGGUUCGAACCCGACCUCUGCCUCUCGACUCCCCUGUCUAGGCUUGGGCAAUCUGGCAGUAUCCCAGCCCUCGUGCAACCUUUGGGUGGCAUGGCAGUUAGGCACCGAAAGGGUGCUACAGCUGAACGAUGCUUUCAACGAGAAACUGAGUGGUGGAUGCGCUGAGUUACAGUGA